AUAAUCAAAGUUAUCAAACACGUAUUUGGAGUGUUCUUCAUUCACUUCUUGGUAUCGCGCAUUUUACAAUUCGGAACCUUAACCAAACGAAACGUGCCGAAGUAACUUCAUCAGCUGGGAGCUGGUCUGCUUGAGAUUGUCGCCCAUUUUCUCCCUUCGAGCCUUCCGUCUCUGGGUCAGGUUGCUACACUCCUCGUCGUGGACGAUGAGCUUGGCACUCCUCCAAGGCUAUUCUUCUGCAGAAGAAGAAGAAGAAGAAGAAGUAGAAUAUGAUGAUGAUCAGUUUCAAUACCAAAACUCGUCCGACAACGAUGAUUACGACGACGAAGGCGACAUUCCGAAGAAUCGCUCGAUCCCCGACCCCAAGCCCGCCGCUGCUGAAUCUCUUCUUCCCUCCGCACUUGAUGCCUUUUCCGAAAUUGCAGGGCCGCCAGAAUUUCUCAACAAUUGUGUAGAAGAACAUGCUUCAGCGAGAGAAAAUGAUAAGCCACGACGGUGGCACGGGAGCCGGAGGAGCAGGAAGGAGAGGAAAGAUUUACCGGCCGGUAUCGUUAUGGAGGCCAAAGCUCAAUUAGUUGGAAUCCAUGAACGAGUUAGGAGCGAUGUUGGGGGUAACGCUCGUUCAACAACAGGUCAAUCUCAGAAUGACUUUUCAAGCACAUCGGAAGGAGUAGGCAAGCGUGUGGCAACAGCAACGAAUCCUAAGGCAGAAGAUGCUGCAGAACUUCUCAGGAUGUGCCUGCAGUGCGGAAUACCCAAGACCUACUCCAGCGCACGAGGAAUUGUAUGCCCAGUAUGUGGUGAUCGCCCUCCUGUGGACAUGAACAAACUGCAGGAAAAGAAGAAGGGUUCCACUAUCAAAGAGAAGGAGAAGAGUAAGAGGAUGAAGGGUCAAUCAUCUCAUGCCAGUUGGAAAAGCGAAACAGAAAUGCAGCUUCGCCAACAGUUUGAUUAGCAUUUUUCUGAUGCAAUAUCUGAAUAUUUACUUGAAAUGGGAUGCGUGCUUUAGGAAAAUUUUUUUUUUUUUUAUAACCUAGAACUCCAACCUAGACAAGCCCUUUGGACUUACUCAGGUGGCACCAAACCGGGGAUGAAAACAUUGGAUGGAUUUAGAGGAGCACUUGAUUGGAUCUAUUUUGGAGGAUUUUAAAGGAGCAUUUGAAUGGAUCUAGUUUAAAAGGCUGCAGAUUAUCAAAUGUCGAAUGCUGUAAACAUAUAAAUGUGCAAGUACAUAAAGUUUUAAUUAUCUAAUUGGGGUGCAUUAAAUUA